AUGGUUGAACGUCUGGAGAGAACGCCUAGACAGUCUUGGAUCCAGACCACCUUCUACAAGAGAGAAUGUGUGAAGUUUCUGCCAGCAUCUCGAGACCAGCAUAGAUGUAAUCCAGUCUGUCAAGUAUGUCAAAGCUUAAUCAGGUGUUGUUGCGGGAGGCUGAUUGGAGAGCACACAUACCUGGAGUCUGGGUCUUCCAGCCCCCUGAGAGAUGUUCCAGCAUUAUGGAGACACAGUGGGGAGGAGUGGAACAUGGAGCUCCACACCAGGGCAAGCCCUACUGAUGCCUUUGGAUCUAUUGACUUUCAGGACAGCACCAAACGCUCCUGCCGGGCCAAGUAUGUUCGGCUGUCAUGUGACACCAGACCAGAGCUGCUGAUGCAUUUGAUGCUAAGGGAGUGGCAGAUGGAGGUGCCGAAGCUGGUCAUCUCUGUUCACGGUGGUGUGGACAAUUUUUCCCUGCCUCCUCGUGUGAGUCAAGCCCUCAGUAAGGGCCUCAUCACAGCUGCAGAGAGUACAGGAGCCUGGAUCUUCACAGACGGGAUUAACACAGGGAUUUCGAGGUACAUUGGUGAGGCUGUAAGAGAGUAUGGCACUCAUGAUUUCAGGAAGAGGAACGCUGUGGGAAUCACACCCUGGGGCAUCAUUGAGAAUCACAGUGACCUCAUAGGAAGAGAUGUUCUCCGGCCCUACCAAAUGGUGGGGAACCCUCUGAGUAAGAGGGAGUGUCUGAACAGCCUGCACUCCUACUUCCUGCUGGUUGAUGAUGGUACUAUGGGAAAACAGGGUGGACAAAUGGAACUGAGGAGAAAGCUGGAGAGACACAUUAGCCUGCAGAGAAUCCAUUCAAGGCUGGGUCAGGGGGUUCCUGUGGUGUGUGUUGUGGUGGAAGGGGGUCCUGCUAUACUCACACUGGUUAUGGACUAUCUCAGCAGUUCGCCAGCUACACCUGUUAUUGUGUUCGAAGGCACUGGGAAAGCAGCUGACCUACUGGCAUUUAUAUACAAACAGACAACAGAGGACAGACAGCUGGAACCAGACAUAAAGCAGGAUUUUUUGGAAAGGAUCCAGAGCAUGUUUAACGGUGUGGACAGUGCAGAGGCCAGUCGUCUGUUUAACCUUCUCAUGGAUUGUAUGAAGUACAGAGAUUAUAUCUCAAUUUUCGACAUGGACUCUCAAGAUCACCAAGAAGCAGAUGUGGCGAUCUUGACUGCUUCACUGAAAGGUACCAAGGCCACGCCCGCUGACCAGCUGAGUGUAGCAUUAGCCUGGGACAGAGCUGACAUUGCUAAGGAACAUAUCCUGAUUAACAGACAACACUGGAAGGUGGGUUCUCUGGAACAGACUAUGCUGGAUGCAUUGAUUAUGGACCGGGUCAGUUUUGUGCAGCUGCUCGUUGAGAAUGGCAUGACCAUGAAGCGUUUCCUCAACGUGUCACGUCUGGAGGAGCUCUAUAACACACAACAUGGCCCUACAGACAAUUUCCUUCACCACAUCCUAGCAGAUGCAAAACAGACUCAUCUGGCCGCAAGAUACAGGAUCUCUCUGAUUGAUGUUGGACUGGUGAUCGAGUAUCUGAUUGGUGGAGCAUAUCGCAGCACAUACACACGCAAGAACUUCAGAGCUCUCUACAACCGUCUGCACGGUGCAUUCAAGGAAGGCAGUCGGGAGAACACCGGUCGCUUCAGCAGGCUCUCCAUCCCUGAGAAUAGUCCCCCUCGCUCAUACUUCUUCCGCACUGCUCAGCCUUACAGAAGCAAGGAGAAAACGGUGACCUCUCCGGAUGUGAGGAUGACUCCCAGCACAGAGCUGAAUGAUUCAUCGUUUUUUGUUUACACCUUCAAUGACCUGUUUGUUUGGGCAGUGCUGAAGAGGAGGCAGAAAAUGGCGUUAUUGUUAUGGCAACAUGGGGAGGAGGCCUUGGCCAGGGCAGUGGUCGCCUGCAAACUGUACCGCGCCAUGGCAACCGAGGCAAAGGACAGCAACAUGACAGAUGGCAUCGCGGACGAACUGAAGACGUACUCACUAGAGUUUGGCCAGCUGGCUGUAGACCUCUUGGACAAGGCCUUCAGAGAGAACGAGUGCAUGGCCAUGAAGCUGCUCACCUCGGAGAUGAAGGACUGGAGCCACUUCACCUGUCUCCAGAUGGCCGUGUCAUCCGGGCUUCGGUCUUUUGUGGCGCACAACUGCACGCAGAUGAUGCUGACUGACCUGUGGAUGGGCCGUCUCAACAUGCGCAAGAACUCCUGGAUUAAGGUGAUUAUUGUCAGUAUUCUGAUGCCCAUUGCCAUCCAGUUCCUGGAGUUCAAGAGCCAGGCUGAGAUGUCACAUGUCCCUCAAUCCCAGGAGGCCUUGCACUUUGGUCGGAACCCUAACAACCCUGGAGCACUGGAGGCAGGGCAACGGAAUUUGUCUGAUCCAGAGAGGGGAGCAGUAUUUUUCCAGCACAAAUCUGACUUAAUAGCGUACUGGCUAAGCUGGACUAAGAAAUUAUAUGGUUUCUACAGCGCUCCAGUUGUGAAAUUUUGGUUUCAUUCAAUGUCCUACCUGGGCUUUCUCAUGCUCUUUUCCUACACUGUACUAGUGAAGAUGGAAGACAGCCCAACCCCUCAGGAAUGGCUUGUGAUUGCAUGUAUCUUAACCACUGCAGUGGAGAAAGCCAGAGAGGUAUGGGUUUCUGAGCCAAGGAAAUUCAGUAAGAAGUUGAAGGUGUGGUUCAGUGAGUACUGGAAUUUCUCCGACUUCAUCGCCAUCCUCCUCUUCCUCGUUGGCUUUAUCCUGAGGUGGCAAAGUCCGGCGCUUAGGACUGCCGGGCGUCUCAUCUACUGCCUGGACAUUAUCUUCUGGUUCGUCAGGAUUCUGGACCUACUGGCUGUCAAUCAACAGAUUGGCCCUUACCUGACCAUGAUCACCAAAAUGACCAGCAACAUGUUCUACAUUGUGGUUAUGAUGGCAAUAGUGCUGCUGAGUUUUGGAGUGUCUCGUCAGUCAAUUCUGUCACCCAAUGAGGAGCCGUCCUGGAGUCUGGCCAGAGAUGUAGUCUUCCAGCCUUACUGGAUGAUCUUUGGAGAAGUUUAUGCCGGAGAGAUUGACGCUUGCGCGGACGACCAGCCUUGCCCCCCGGGGUCUUUCCUCACUCCGUUUCUGCAGGCUGUCUAUUUGUUCUGUCAGUACAUCAUAAUGGUCAACCUCCUCAUCGCUUUCUUCAAUAAUGUGUAUUUUGAUAUGAAGUCCAUAUCCAAUAAGCUAUGGAAGUACAACAGAUACCGUUACAUUAUGACCUAUCAGGAGAAACCAUGGCUGCCCCCGCCCUUUAUCCUCCUCAGUCACUUGACUCUGUGUGUAAACACGAUCUGUCGGAAACACCGUGGGACUCCUGAGCAUGAGAGAGACUCUGGCCUGAAGUUGUUUUUGGCUCCUGAGGACCUGAAGAAGCUUCAUGAGUUUGAGGAGAAAUGUGUGGCUGGAUAUUUUCAGGAGAAAAAUGAAAGUCAACUCAACACUCAAAUCAACCAGAUCCGCUCCACAGCUCAGAGGGCAGAGGAGAUGACUGAUGUGGUAGCUGAAGUGAUGGAGAAGGUCCACUUCAUCCAGGACAGUUUACAGACUCUGGAUAGUCAGCUGGGUCAGUUACAGGACCUUUCUGCAUUAGCAGUGGACACACUCACCCUCUUUGCAGCUUCUGACAACCGGCAACAGGAGGCAGCUCUUCUGGGCAGGAGCCAGCCAAUCACAGGCUUCCAUUCUCAGCUUUCUCACAGCUUGAGCCUAUCGGUGGGUAGAGUUGCUGGUGUAGGUGAUGCUUUUCUGCCUCCAAAGGCCUACCAAAGCACUCCACCCUCUCUUCUCUGUGGUCAUGCUCAGUGGAGACAGCAGCGUUCCUUGGAAUUGCCACAAGGCGAAAGCAGUGGUGUUUGUGAUGGCGGGACCAGGUGGAUUGUGGGUAACCCAGAUGAUCAUGAUAAAACUGUACGGUGGAUGCUCCAUCGCAGAACUUCAAGUGAAGUUGAUAUUGCAGAUAAACGGAUUACCCAUGGUUCCUUACCUCAUCUUAGAGCGGCUAGGUGGUGUGAGGAAACCCCAUGUGAAUCAUAUUCACCAUCACCUCUUGGUUCACCACUGAUGCCCUGGGGCAGUGAUGUGUCUGAGCUCUACCAAUCAAAACAGUCACUUCCUGACGCUCAUUUGCAUACCAGCUGUGAAGAUUCACUGGAGAAUGAGGAAGAGGAAGAUGAAGAGGACAUGCUGAGCGCAUCCAGAACCUCCAGUCACCUUUUCCUCCUUCGUGAAAUCCAAAAUGAGAAAGAGCGUAUGAUGGGUUGUGUAAACCCAGCUUUCUCCAGAGACGAUGAUAGUCAACUGGCGAAACCAGAACAUCCACAUGUUGACAGAAAACUGGCACACUUCUGCCGAAAAAGUAAACUUCGACACUGUCGCUCACUCUCUGCCAGUGUGGAAACCAUGGCUAUGCCAGGCACCACUCCGUAUUCCAGUCUGCCCAGUCCUGACAGCUCCAAACCUAAUCAAGUCUCCCCAGAUUCUAGUUCACCCCCUGUCAGGACUCAGGAAGAAAGAGAAUGUCAGUCCCCUGACAAUGCGACGUUAGGAAGAAAGAGGCGGUUUUACAACAAGAGGAUAGUGAAAAUCCAAGAAGGAGAUGCAAACAAUUAUAGAGAGGCGGACAGGUGCAACCCUGUCUCAGAAACCUGUAAAAGGAGAAAGAGAAAAGUGCAGGAUGUCGAUGACCAAAAAUUUCGAACGUCGAUCAGUCUUACUCAAUUGAAUUUUGAUCAAGCAGAUUUGAUGCGGAAAAUAGCCUUUCCUUUCCAGAACACCAGAAGUCCAAGUCAGUCAGUUUGGAGCAGCUGGGCGAAGUCCAUCAGUCGCAGAUCAUCGGUGCAAAGUGGAAUAGCAUCAGAAGUGAGAGGUUCAGCAUUUCAGUCAACUGAGGAUUUACACCCACACUAUUCAGCAAUGGAACGGAACAACCUGAUGAGGCUGGCGCACACAAUACCAUUCACUCCUGUCUCUUUACUGGGUGGUGAGGUGGUCACCAUAUACACUCUAGAGGAAACACAAGUGGGAGGGCCCCGUAACUGGGCAACCAGUGAGUCGUCAUGGUCACAGCACACCCGUACUGCCGUCCUUCAGCCGCUCUCCCGCGACGGCAUUCUGGAUGGAGGGCUUCGCAGGGCCAGAAGAGUGGUCUGUGCUUGGGCAGAGGGGGACAUACUAAAACCUGGAUCUGUCUACAUCAUCAAAUCCUUCCGCCCAGAGGUGGUCCAGGCGUGGCAAAGGGUCUUCCCCAGCAGCACCUCACUCCAGCUCUGCUUACGGGAAAUCCAGCAGCAGAGGGCAGCGCAGAAACUUGCACAUAUUUUUAAUCAGAUUAAACCCAGCAAUGUUCCCCACUCUCCCAGGUUUUUGGACGUGUCAUUGCUUCACUCCACUGACCAGUGGCUGACCAUUGAAAGGAACAUGACUGGAGACUUCAGAAAAUACAACAACAACACAGGAGAGGAGAUAUUGCCCUCUUGUGGUCUGGAAGAGACAAUGUUAGCGUUCUCUCACUGGACCUAUGAGUAUACCUGCCAUGAGAUACUAGUCCUGGAUCUCCAAGGGGUGGGAACAGACCUCACAGAUCCAUCUGUCAUCGGCGUAAAUGAUGAGAGCGUCUCACCUGAUGAAGUGGUGUUUGGACCAGCUAACCUGGGAGAUGACGCAAUCCAAAGUUUUGUUCUCAAACAUACCUGCAACUCCUGCUGUGAGAAACUAGGUCUAUCAGGUAGGUAA